AGAUUGGAUGAUAUCCAGUAACGUAAAUCCAUCUUUUAGUUUUAACACGGGAUCAAAAAAUUAUUAUACAAUCGAUGCUUUGCGUGAAUCUAAUAGCCUACAAAAAUAUUCGGAAGCAUCGUAUAAUGAUAACUCAGGUUAUGCAGCACCUUCUUAUUUUAAUGCAAGAAAACCUAAAAAACAUCUACGUCGAUAUAUGAAAUAUGUACCAGAGAGAAAGGAAUUUCUUUCUAUGUACUCUAAAAACGGUACUUCUCCACGAAGAAUUGACGAUCCUAGACAUGCGGGAACCUAUUUAACUAUGCCCACUUCCUAUGAAAAAAUAUCACAACCUUUUCAUUCUUCCUGGCAGGCCAAUACCAUAGAUGAAAAAGAUAUUCCGCUUGUUGAACAUGCACUGGAAGAUAUACACAAUAAAGCGAAACAUUAUUUUGCUUUAUAUGAAGCUGAACGGAAACGUAGAAAAAAAUUAGAAGAGACUGCUUAUUUUUUCGAAUCUGGAAAUCAAAGGUUAUGGGAGACACUUCAAAAAGAAACCGAGAAAGCACAUAUUCUUAUACAAACAUUAGAAUCUCUAAAAGGAGAUCCCUAUACAUUAAAAACUAUUAUUCAGCGCAUAGAUUUAAUAUAUAUACAACUCGAUACACUUGUCCAAUCUCUAGCUGGCUUAGCUUGUUUUAUGGCUUAUAAAGAGCAAUCCAAAGUUGAAGCUGUUAAUACAGUGUUAGAUUAUUUGUUUCCUUGUAAAACUUUAGAUCCACGGCUAAAUGCUCUCUAUGGAACAACGUAUUACUAUAAGCAAAGUCUUUCUGCCGAUCCUGACGUAGUAAAUGAACGGCAAGCAAUAGAAGUAAAAGAAAAUGCGCCGAAGUUUGGAAAAAACAUAGAACCCUCAAAUGAUGUUACUAGCCUAGGUUACAAAGACACUACGGGAACAAAGGCUUCAAAUGCUUCACAGUCAAACGUACCAUUGGAAGGUUUACAGAUGCAUAUACACUCCAUAUCACUCCUUUCACUCAAGGAAUCUAGCAACAUUUCUUGCUACUUUCGAUACGACAAUGAAUUACCGCAAAACGUUAAAAAUGAAGACGAUCGUUUUCUAUUCACAUCUACUAUAAAAAAUAAAGCUAAUAUAGAUAAGAAUUGUACUCUAAAGUCGGUUCCUCCAAAGGUGGCAGGAAAAAUUCCUUCUUACUGUAUAGAUAUCUGGCAUAAAUCUAAUAAUGUACUCUAUGGAACUGCAACCUGUAAUGUAUUUGAUCCAAGCACCCUCUCUAAAGAUUCAACAUGGACGAUCAAAGACUUAUCAAGCCAAUCAAUAGGUUUCAUUACAGUUACAAUUUUACCAGUUCCCUUAGAGGCGAUGCUUCCUGCAUUGCGUUACCAAUUGUACAAACAAGCUACUGCUAAAAAAGCAGAGGCGUUAAAUAAGGAUAACAAAUCGGAACACGUUCGGUUCCAAAACCCUAGUAAUCAUAAAUCAAACAAAGUGACGUUAGGCAGCAAAGUGUCAAUGUCAGAGACUUCGAAAAAACAAACUUUAGUGAAAAAAAAACAAAUAUCAGGGCCUGAACCCGCUCUAUUAACGGUACCACUACCGUCAAGUAAAACGAGUGCAGUAACGGAGAGUUCUACAAAAUCCUUAUCAAAAAUCAAGCCGGAUAUUAGCGGCCAUCAUAACACAGAAGAUGAAACCAGCAAUAAUAAUGCACUUAAAACAAAUUUAUUAGGAAAGAAGAACGCGGUAGAUGUGGUUUCAAUUACUACUCUUAAGACAAAGAAAAAGGUGCCUGGUUUAAACCCACUUCGUAGCAUUAAAGGUGUAUACACCAAAUUCAUAGAAAAUAAGCUUAGCUCAUAUAAUACUAGCAUAUUUAUGUUUUCAGAAUUCAAACAGUCCACUUCGCGUAACAUUCAAGAGACGGUAGAACAUAAAAGUAAACCGAUGGAAAAAAAUGAUACAAAUGAAAAAAUGUCUCAAAUAAAAAAAGAAAACUCUCAUGAGAUUGUUGUGACGAAACCCACCUCUCUUGAUUCAGAAACACCUGCUCCUUCAAAUUUAAAGCAGCCAGUUGUUCUAAAGUCAAUCAAGUCACCUUCUAUAUUCACAGAAAAAACAAAUACUAUGAACUCAAAGAAGCCAAGUAUCUUGCAAUUGAAAAAAACAGCAUCCUUCAAUUUAGAGAAACCGGAUUUACUAGAGUUAAAAACGUUGACUUUUUCAAAAUCUGAAAAACCGGCGCCGUCAGAGUUGAAGAAGCCUAAUUUCUUAGAUUUAAAGAAACCAAAUUUUUCAGAGUUAAAGAAACCUGGUUUAUUAGAGUUAAAAAAACCUGGUUUAUUAGAGUUAAAAAAACCAGGUUUAUUAGAGUUAAAAAAACCUGCUUUGUUAGAGUUAAAGAAACCUGGUUUAUUAGAGUUAAAAAAACCUGGUUUAUUAGAGUCAAAAAAACCUGGUUUGUUAGAGUUAAAGAAACCUGGUUUAUUAGAGUUAAAAAAACCUGGUUUGUUAGAGUUGAAGAAGCCUGCUCAGUUGGAUUUGAAGAAGCCUGCUCAAUUGGAUUUGAAGAAGCCUGCUCAAUUGGAUUUGAAGAAGCCUGUUCAAUUGGAUUUGAAGAAGCCUGCUCAAUUGGAUUUGAAGAAGCCUGCUCAAUUGGAUUUGAAAAAGCCUGCUCAAUUGGAUUUGAAGAAGUUUGUUCAAUUGGAUUUGAAGAAGCCUGCUCAAUUGGAUUUGAAGAAGUUUGUUCAAUUGGAUUUGAAGAAGCCUGCUCAAUUGGAUUUGAAGAAGUUUGUUCAAUUGGAUUUGAAGAAGCCUGCUCAAUUGGAUUUGAAAAAGCCUGUUCAAUUGGAUUUGAAGAAGCCUGCUCAAUUGGAUUUGAAAAAGCCUGUUCAAUUGGAUUUGAAGAAGCCUGUUCAAUUGGAUUUGAAGAAGCCUGUUCAAUUGGAUUUGAAGAAGCCUGCUCAAUUGGAUAUAGAGAUACCUAGUCCGCUGGCUUUAAACAACAAUAGUAAUUUAGAUUUAGAAAACCGGCAUCAAUUAGAUGUCGAAAAACCAAGAAGUGGGGAUAUGAAGCAGUAUUCAAAUAUGAAAAUAACUCAGUCUAAAAUUACAACCAACGGCAACACUAAACAGGAAUACAUGAGUAAAGACAAAGGCUCAGUCUCCUUUAAAGGUACAAUUGUUAAAUUCACAAAUAUCAAAAGUAAUGGAACAGAUAACGUAAAAUUGCAAAACACGAAACCUUUUACAAAAAAUGGAAAUAUUAGCAAGAAAAAUCAAACUUUCGAAAGUAGUGUUGAAAAAAAAGCCAACGUAGGUAAGAGAGAAUUAAAAAAUAGAAUUAAGAACAGUUCAAGAGAUUUGCCGGAAAUCGAAUCAAAGAAAAAAAAUCGCUAUCUACAGAAAUUGACGAAUAAAGGCGAAACGAAGGAUUCAAAAAUUAAUACAGAAGAGAACGAGCAAAAAAAAAGUAAAAUUAAAGCUUUGUUUUUACCGCAAAAAAAAUCUAUUAAUUAUGAAUCGAAAAAACAUUCAAAGCGUAAUAUUUCGUUCAAAACAUUAGAAGACACACCUACCAAAAAGGGUAGAAAAAAAGAAUCUAUGAGUAAUCUCGUGAAAAAUUUAAGAAAGAAGCAUCCUUCGCACAAUACACUUGAGGUUGACGAAAGCGACAACAAAAUAAAAGAGUUGUCUGGUGAAACAAAUAAGGGUCGAUUUCGCAUUUUCAAAAAAAUAACGAAACGGUUAUUCAACACUAGCAAUAGAGGUUAAUUAAAAAAAAGAUAGGUGGCUGCGGCGGUUUUAAAAAAGAAAAUGUGGAAACUAAAAUAUAGGGCAGAAAUUUUGACAACAUCUAACAAAAGCAACAAAUGAAAAGUCGAUAUUUAAAAGGUUAUGUGUCAACAUGGACAAAUGAUUUACCAUUAUUU